UCUAUCCUGUGCUUUCGGAUUUCCGUAAAGUCUAAAAGAGCAUCACGCUCGACAGGAGGAUCUCGACCAUGUGUCCCUUCCACCUUCACCAACUUGUAUUAACACGGCUUUUCCCCCCUUGCACUGGCCCGCGAGGUUGUACUAUGGACGGACAACACGCUUCAACCCAGCACGGCUGAUGCAUUUUUCUGUUCCCUUUUCUCUUCUACACUUGCACAUCACGAUCUUCAUGCUAGCAUUUGUACGGCGUUAUAGCGAUUCGGGCUGUUCAUUUUCUUUUCCUUGCUUCUUGUUUCAACAAACAUCAUCAAAGUGUCUCACCAUCUUAGAUAGUCGCACACCGCAGAUUCAAGGGGGCGGUACUGUGCGCUGGUCGAAUGGUUGCCUCCUUCUAAUUACUGGCUUUAUGUUCUCUGCCUAUUGGCUGUGACCCUCGCGCAUGGGCCUGGCCAGCGCCGAGGUGGAUCGACCUCGAUGAUUU